AUGGGGGCCUAUAUUGCUAAGAUGCUCUUACCCGUGAUCAGCAGCCUGGUGUACUUGCCUCUGGCCAGUGUGGCCAGCAAGAGAGGAUUUCAUAUGGAGGCCAUGGUCUACUUCUUCACCAUGUUCUUCACUGCGAUCUUCCAUGCCUGUGAUGGGUCGAUCCUGUCCAUACUAUGCUUCAUGAAGCACGAGCUUCUGGAGUACUUCACCAUAUUUGGCACUGCUAUCUCCAUCUGGGUCUCUCUCCUAGCACUGGGAGACUUUGACGAACCCAGGAGGUCGACCCUGAAUAUGUUUGGCGUGCUGACGUGCGCGGUGCGGAUAUACCAGGACCGGGUGGGCUAUGGCGUCUACUCCGGCCCCAUCGGCACAGCUGUCCUCAUGAUCACAUUCAAAUGGUUGCAGAAGAUGAAAGAUACGAGAGGCUUGUACCCUGAGAAGAAAGUGUACACUCAGCAAGUAGGCCCCGGCUGCUGCUUUGGAGCAUUGGCCCUAAUGCUGCGCUACUACUUUGAGGAAUGGGACUACGCCUAUGUCCACAGCUUCUACCACCUGUGCCUUGCUGUGUCCUUCGUGCUGCUGCUCCCAAAGAAGAAUCGCUACGCGGGAGACGGCCAAAACGCUGCCAAGCUGAGCUGCUACACACUCUGCUGCUGUGUUAUCUUUCCAGCCUCGGACAAAAAGAAAAAGGAUAAAGGUGAAAAGAGCAUUUGGAAGGCACCAACGUUGAAAGACAAAGAGCAUAUAGUUGAAAAGAACAUUUUGAAGGUGCCCUCGUUCAGAGACAAUAAAAAGGAUGAGGUCAAAAAGGCGGUGAAAGACAAUAAGGAAAAGGACAAAAAGGACAAAAAAGACAAAAAGGACAAGGUCGAGACAUCCAUUUGGAAGGUGCCAACAUUCGAGGAUGAAAAAAAGGAUAAAUUCGAGACGUCCAUUUGGAAGGUGCCCUCAUUCAAAGACAGUAAAAAGGACAAAGUUGAAACGACGAUUUUGAAGGUACCCUCAUUCAAAGACAGUAAAAAGGACAAAGUUGAAACAACGAUUUUGAAGAUGCCCUCGUUCAAAGAUAAAAAGGAUAUAUUCGAAAACAGCUCUUGGACGGUGCCUAGGGUCAAAGACAACAAAAAGGAUAAAGUCGAAACGACCAUUUGGAACAUGCCCAUGUUUGAAGACAGUAAGAAGGACAAAGUCGACGGAAGGACCACGUGGAAGGUGCCCACCAAAAAGACCUGGAUAAAGACAGGCAGCUCUGGACUCCCACUCUACGCCGCUCGGACAUCAAUCUUAUAA